AUGCGGACUUCAACGGCCAUGCGACACUCGUUGGUUUUAUCACUUAAGACAUUAGAGAACUUCAUUGACAUAUUUCCAUCAAUUCUUUAUGUGCUUGAAUUUUCUGCACGCGAGUGCCCAAAUUAUCUUGACAAACUUACAACUGAUACUUUUGAGAAUACGAUUAAGGGGUUUGAUUUUGCUUUUAUGCUAUAUUUGAUGUGGAAAGUUCUAAUGAUAACAAAUUAUUUGAAAUCCUCGUUGCAAAAGAUGGAUCAAAAUAUUGUCAAUGCUCUAGAACUACUCAAUACUGCAAAGCAAGAGUUGCAAAGAAUGAGGGAUAGUGGAUGGAGAUCAUUAUUGGAUGGUAUCUUUUCUUUAUGUGAUAAAUAUGAGAUAGCGAUCCCAAAAAUGGAAGCUCGCUAUAUUCCUGGUAAGUCAAAACGUAGAGCUCUUGAUGUUACAUAUUCUCAUAAUUUUUGGGUUGAAAGAUUUUAUGUUGUUAUUGAUUUGCUACUUCAGGAGCUUAAUAAUCAUUUCGACAUUGUUAGUACUGACUUACUUCUUGGUAUGUCUUGUUUACAUCCAACCAAGUUAUUUGGUAAUUUUGAUAAGAAAAAAGUAAUGAGGUUGGCUGAAUAUUAUUCGAAUGAGUUUGAUAGCAGCAAACUUCGAGAUCUCAGUUGUUAG